GCUCUGGUCACGUGACAUCAACAUGGCCGCUCGCAUGUGAAAGUCAUGCUACACCUUGUGGGGAAUUUUAUUCGCUGUUUAUGAAGGUAAUAUUUAUAAGGUACCGACUACAUAUACUUUAUCUUAAAGACACACUGUAACCUAUACUAUAAUGGACCACGCCGGACAACUGCGGAAUCUUCGGGACUUCCUCUUGGUCUAUAAUCGUAUGACGGAAAUUUGCUUCCAGAGAUGUACGAACAAUUUCAACUACAGAAAUCUUACAAUGGAUGAAGAGCGCUGUGCAGACAGCUGUGCUGGUAAACUAAUCCGUUCCAACCAUCGCCUAAUGGGCACAUAUGUGAACCUGAUGCCAGCCAUGGUCCAACGGCGAAUGGAGGAGAUGGAGAGCAAAGCUGCAGAACUCGCAAAGGCAACCGAAGCAGAAGGCCCAGUGGAGCAUCUCUCAGGAGGUUUAAAUUCAUCAGAUGCUCCAUCCUCAGUCAUAAAAUCUACUUCUGCUACACCUCCACCAAGUGUGCAGACACCCACAGGGACAACAGCUACCAUUGGCACAAUCCAAUCUACACCAUCACUCUCUACAACAGAGGCAUUGGGUUCACACUUUCCAGUACCGAUUAUUACAGAAAGUGCACAUACACCUGCAGCUGAGCCAACAGUAGUCGUUCAUCCAGGCAAACAUCCUUAGAAGUGACCUCUCCACAUUUAGAGGGACUGAAAGUCUCUACUUCUCCUGUAAAUCACAGUCUGCCAGCACAAGAGUCUCUAUCAAGUGCUACAGCAUAUCAGUCUACUGGGGGAGAAAGACCACCAUCUUAAUGUUGGUUUAUUAAUGGACAGGGACAAGUUUCAUAGUUCAGAGCUGAUAUAUGGAAGCAUGUGCUGAGUAGAAUAACCAGUGUGAAAAUUACUUGAAUGUGAAAGAGACUGACUUUCAUUAUCGUUUUGGGAGUCAUGGAUAUUUCCGGUUCUUUAUGAUAGCAGGCACAGAGGCAACAAAAAGGGAUUGUUUUUUUUCUUUUCUUUUCGCUUCUGAUGUUGGAUAGAAUAAGUGACCGUGUGACUAAAAACACAUGAACCAUGAAAAACGUAUUGUAUGAUGGUGUUUCGAAGAGCAUCACAUCACAUUUUAACAAAAAAUAAAAUAUGUGAUAAGGAAAGCA